AUGGACGGCCCUCUUAAUAAAAGAUUAAAAAGUUCUUCUGAAGCUAAAGGCCAUAAAGAGUCAAGACAUGAUAAUAGUGCAAUUAAUCCGCAAGAUCCUAAUUUAAGAAUACCACUCUCAAACGUUGAUUCAAAUAAUAAUCAUGUUAUGGAUAUGUCCAAUAAUGGUAAUAUAGAGGAAAACAAGAGAAAAUAU